AAAGACCUCGUUUUGGCCCAAAAAGAAAAGAUUGAGUUCGAGAACCGCUCCGAAGAGCUCCGCAAGAAGUUGCAGACCAUUAGCGCCAAUUCUGGUGAUGAGAUAAUAACACUUCAGCAACAGAUCGAGGACUUGAGCGAAGAUAACGACGCCAUGAAAGAAGACACCAAGAAAUUGACGGCUGAGUUGAAGGCAACGAAAGACGGGUUAGAAGUGAGGGAACGGGAGAGUCAGGAGACUAUAGAGGAGUUGAGACGACAGUUAGCGACGGCCGACACGCGACUCACUGAAGCGGCCAAUGAGUUGCUGGCGAACAGCGCCGACAAUACGGACACGAAUUUGUUGCACAACGAGAUAUUGGCGCUCAGGGAACAGUUGGCGGAACUGGAGGGCAGGAACCGGUCGACCGAAGAUCAUUUGCAGACUAGUGUCGAGCAAUUGAACGCAUCGGUGGUUGAGUACAAAUGCCUUCUAGACGAGGCCCGCAAUCAGGUCCAGAGGUUAGAGACAGAGAAGUUGUCGGCCAUUCAGGAGACAAAUCAAGUGAAUCAGGUGUUGGAGAAUGAAAGAGACAAUCGAUCGAUGGUUAGCGAAGAGAACCAGCAGUUGAGGCAAAGGAUACUGCAAUUG